AUGGCUUUCUCUCCUUCCCUUAACAGGGAAUUCACUGAUUGGGAUGGCAGGAUUAGACUCCGAUGGAAGGGGAUCAAAGUUCCUCCCUUUAUAGGUAAAAACGAGGUUGAGGAAAGAGCAAAUGCUGUCUGGCUCCUGCCUAGACUCGACUGGUUUAAACUUAACUUUGAUGGUGCUUCGAGAGGUAAUCUAGGACCCUCUGGAAUUGGAUGCGUUAUCAGGGAUCAUGAAGGUUUGUUCAUUGGUAAGGUUGCCCUCCCAAUCCCCCCGGACACAAAUAAUAUUGCUGAGUUCAAAGCCAUCAUGAUUGGUCUCACUGAGUGUUCUAGGAGAAGUGUCAAGAAUAUUGAAAUUGAAAGGGAUUCUUCCCUGGUGAUCAAUGCUGUCAGAGUUCGGAAAACUCCUAAUUGGCGCCUUCAAGCUAUAUUGGACAAGGUUCUUCAACUUUUAUCUGGUUUUCAAAAUUUUUCUUGCAGUCACAUAUACAGAGAAGCAAACUCAGAGUUAGAUUUGCUUUCAAAGUCUGCGGCAGAAGGAGACUCUUUAAGUUGGUGGGCGCAUGGUUUCGACAUUGAGCAGAGGGAGCAAGCUUAA